UGAUUUGAUUGGGCUGCGUGAUUGACUAAGUUGGGCUUAGCGUUCAUAACAAAACACAUUAGCAUCUUGAUACACGAGUAACCGACCAUAUAUAUUAAAAAAAAUAAUGAUUUAAAUAGAUUUUAUUAUUAUUUUACUAAUAAAAGUAACCAAGAAAGAAACAAACACCCACCCACGAUUAAGACACCGAGUGUGGUAAGAAGCACGAUUACGAAAAAGGGGGGCAAAAGAAACAAUCUCCAAGAACCCUAAUUUAUAUAUAACUAUACAUUUUCAAAUCGGAUCGGAUCAGAUCUGCACGUAAGUUUACCUAAAUUUGAUUCUUUUAUUAUCUUACGCAACUCGAUUCACGCAUCUCUUGAUCGAACGCAGGCAGGUAAAGACAUAUUUCCAUAAAUUAUAAUCCCGCCUUUUAAGUUUUGGUCUCCGAAUUUGAAGUUAUGGAGCAUGAAAAGAAGAAGAAACAGAAGAAAAAGAAGAAUAAGCAGGGAAAGACAAAUGCAUCUGCUGGAGUUGGGGAAUCGACUUCACAAAAUAACAAUCAUGCAAAUGUGGCAAAUCCAAAUCAUCAGAACCUGAAUUCCGAUAAUUCAGAUGUCCCAAAAUCAGUUGCGGAUUCAGAUAGAGAGUCCAUUAGUGGAACUGAAACAUCUCGUUCAGUUGAGGCUGAGAAGUCCUAUUGGUUAAACAGAGAGGCUUCCCUAGAACAAAAAAUCAGAGAAUUGCAAGAGCAGUUGGACAUGCACGCACAACGGGAGGUUGAUCUUGACAGAAUUAUUUCACUGUCACAGAAAGAAAGAAACUUAUGGCAUCAUAAAGAGGCUGAGCUCGAGGCAAUAAUUUCACAGUUACAAACUGAAAAACACUCUUGGCUUCAAAAAGAGAUGUGCUUUGAAGAAAAACGUAUCCAGAUGGAAGCUGAAAAGGUUCACUUGGAAGAAAAAGAGAUCUCUGCAACCGAAACAAUAGCAUCUAUGAAAAAGGACAAUGCAAAACUACAAGCACAGGUGAUUGAGCUGGAAACGUCUAUAAAGAAUAUUUCCCGCCAAAAUGAGCAGUUGAAAGAACAUGUUUCUGAUCUUCAGUCUAAGAUUCAGGAUCUUGAGAAUUCUGUAGCAACCCAUUUAUCUUCUGAAAGGACGAAGCACGCUACUGAAUACGAGGACAUGAAUUCGCGGUGGGAAUCUGCACAAGCGCUCGUUGCAAAAUUGCUUUCUGAAAACGAGAAGUUAGUUGAGAAGGCCGACGCCUUAAAAACCGAGCUUGACCAAAAGACCGCAACAACCCAAUCAUCGUCGCUUAUUAAACCCGACGAUCCGAUAGUCAAAAAUCCGAAAGCUGCUGACAUGGAUGAAACGUCAGCUCCUGAAACUGGUCCGAUUCCAUCAUCAGCCGAAAAACCAGACACAGUCAGCAAUGUGGGCCCGCUAUCUGGAUCCAAAGAAGGAAUGCCGUCAGAUAAACUUGUGUAUCAUAUGAAUUCACGGGGUUCUGAUUUGAAUCAAAUUUCUCAAGGAAGCAUGGAGUCUGGAGAAAUAGUGCAGAUUUCGUUAACCGAGAAUGAUGCCACAUCAGCAACCUCUGUUACCGAGAACUCCGACGUGGUGCCUCUAACAGACGCUCCUCUCAUUGGUGCUCCAUUCAGGUUGAUAUCGUUUGUUGCGAGAUACGUGAGUGGGGCCGACUUGGUUCAGAAGUGAGUUAUAGUUUCAAUCUGUAAACCAACAAUAAUGAAUGGUGGUUUUAUAUGAUUGUAGCAAACAAGUAGGACAAUUGUGAAAACUUUUGAUACUAGAUGAGAGAGAUAGAGUGAGGACUAUAUCAAGAGAUAAACUACACUGGAUACCUUUUUGUUUUUUUUCAUUUCUGCUGAUCUUUUUUAAGUUAUCCAUUUGGAAUAAAGGACUAUAUUUGCUUA